AUGCGGUUGGGGAGUGCUUAUGCGUAUUGCAAACCGUCGCAGAAUGUUGGGCUGAAGUUGGACUUGUUACGGGGUCUUCCAGGGUACGUGGGCCAUGCCACGAGUAGAAUCAACCGGUUGGAGAACCAGGACAGUUACUCGAUUAAAAUGAUGCGAUCAUGGCCUAAUGCAUAUGGAAGUGCCCUGAACUGCUCUGUGUUCGAUGGCCAUGGGGAAAAAGGUGCGCAGUUGUCACAGUUGCUAGCAGACAAACUGUGUAGUAGCCUGGAUUUCCCUGAAUCCUUGUGGACCAAGCAGGACUUGAAGGGGUUGGUACAGGAGUAUGCAAGAAGGUUUCCCGAGGGAAAUUACUGGAAGCAUAAGCUGACCACGUUUGACAAAUUCUAUGACAAGUUCAUAAGGAGCUGCAACUCGAAACAGGAACUGCUGCUGAUGAAGGAGGGCAACACCGCCAUCCUUGGACAAAACGGUGGCAGGAUGAUUUUUGAUAACAUGGGGAAUAUUAUUGACAAGAUUGCACUGCUCACUGAGCUAGACCGGCUGCGAUUGUUCUACGGGUUUGCCAGGUUCGAUCUCGACCAAUGCUGCGGCUUGGGCACCGCAGCCGGGUCUACAUCGUCGUCCAUAUUUCUAUAUCCCUAUGACGAUCCGAAUGCACCCACAGAUGAGGGAAAGGACGAUGACUCGUGGAUUAUAUCGCAUUCCGGUUUGCUCAAACUCAUUGUCACCCAGGUGGGCGACUCUAAGAUCAUCCUAUGCGAUCAAGACGGAAUUGCACACGCACUGACAACAACUCAUCACACCAAUUCCAGUAGGGAACGGCGUCGUUUGAAUCUGGACCCUUCUCGCUUAGACCCAGACGCCUUUGGAGAGACAAGAUUCUUGAACAAUUUCGCCAACACAAGAUCUUUUGGUGAUGUGGCUGGGAAACCGUAUGGUAUAUCUAGUGAACCGGACAUUUUUUCGUUCCUGAUCGGAAAUACUCUGCGCUUGCCACGAUCUGAACGGUCUAAGCUUCCCUUCAAUGGUGACGAAUGCUUCCUGGCGCUCGUCACCGACGGCAUCACCAAUAAGCUUGCAGACCAAGAGGUUGUUGACCUCAUCACCUCCACGGUGAAUUCCUGGGGGCUGAAAAAGGCAACUCCACAGUUUGUAGCAGACGAAACAAUCAAAUUUAUUCAGGCCAUCGCCUCAAAGCACUCAGACAACGCCACUUGUGUGGUGGUUAGGCUAUCCAAUUGGGGCAAUUGGCCCAAUGUCGACAGAACUGGUCUCCAGAGAGAAACCAAACUAAUGAAUGCCCAAUCUAACGAAACAAAGUUGAACUAG